AUUCAUACUCACUCACAACCUACCAACCCUCUUGCAACCCAACUGAAAUACCUCCCUAACCCAACAAAAUCAAAUCAACCCAAAUUCAUAAAAAUGGUUUUCAAAGCCCUCCUAUACAUAACCCGCAAACCCGGCACCACCCCCACCGAAUUCCAAACCCACUACGAAACAGUGCACAUGCCACUGAUCAAAAGACUAGCAGGCGCAGACUUCCCUCUCUCGCACAGACGUCUCUAUCUUGCACGCCCCGCACCGGGCGAAGACAACAUUUUCCCGGCAGCGGUGCUGAUUGGCAACCAGGAGGAUUUCGGCUUCGAUGCCGUUGUGGAGUUGACAUUCACAGAUGAGGCGGCAUUUAAGGUGUUUUUUGCGCGGAGACAGGAGCCUGGGACUAAGGAGUUGGUGGAUGCGGAUGAGGAGAAGUUUUUGGAUCAGACGAAGUUCAAGGCGGUUGUUUUGGGAGAGGUUCAGGAGACGACCCGUUAGGUACUAAUGGAUUGAUAUGUUUCUUCUACAUGAGGAUAUUUGAUGGUUAUCAAAAUGGCUGUAUUAGUAGUAUGAGGGAUAUACAGUAAAACCCCUCUAUAAGCAACCCCGAUAUAGGGAAUCUACGCGUUAUAAGCAAUCUAACUGGGUGUCUGAA